CCAACAGACAGUCCCGGUGUUGCAUUUUUUGUUGGCCGCCUUCGCUUCCAAAGUUUUUGCACAGAUUUAGCGAUAUAUACGGUUGAAUCUGCACCGCAAAGUAGAGCGGCGUGUUACAUUUAGGAUUACCAAGCCGGAGAACGUUAAUUUUCCAGCAGUGGAACGUUACCUUUCGAAAUAUAUGCGUCGAUCGGAUGUCGAGUGAAGAAGAAUCGAGCGCGAAGCACAUUUUAGCUAGGUCGAGUUCAUUGCGAAAAAAAAAUCGUUUUUAAACAGCAAAGAAAUGUUCACCACGCGGAAAGAAGUGGACGAGCAAGUUCACAAGUUGCUGGGAAAACUGCCGCCGGGAAAUGAGCGCGACAUCAAGGGCAUGGCGGUAGCCCGUCUCUACGUCAGAAUCCAGGAGUAUCCGAAGGCCGCCGAGUAUCUGAACAGCUAUCUUAGGGUCAAGGACGAUGCGGCGGCCCACAAGCUGAUUGCCCUUUGCUACAGGCAGCAGAAGACUCCCGAACCAAAAGCCUUGAUGCACUUACAGCGCAGCAUCCAGCUAAGUCCACGACAGUCGGAUGUAAUCAAGGAUGCCUGUGAACUGCUGAUGAACGAGAAGAGCCUCUUCAACGCGGAACGCGCCAAGUACUGGCUGGAUUUGGCUGCCGGCGAGGAUUUGGGCGACACCGAAUUAAUCUUCGCCCUGCGAAUGCGGGUUAAUCUCCAGGAGAGCAACGGGACAGCAGAUAGCAGUGGGGCGGAAAACACCCUGGAGUUGCUGAUGCACAAGGAGCUGCAGGCACGACCCCAGGAUGUGAAUGUUCGUGUGCGCCUGCUGCGAAGCUAUGUGGAGAAAAAGAAAUUUGAUCAGGCCUUUAACUAUGCCUUCAAAGCUGAACUGGAGAGCAAUUGCUGCACAAGUCAAUCAAGCGAAUGGUACGAUACGGUCUGGCUGCUGCUCACGAAAAUGGAAGUGGCCAAGGAUGUGAAGAAGAACUGGCGCUUCUGGGAGCUGGCGCUGCUCGCCCUUGAUCGCCUCAUGCAGCUCAGCUUGGAGACGGGCAGUGGCCUGGCGGACAGCAGCAACCAGCUGUUUCGGCUCGAUCAAUACCUGCACAAGUUCAGCAAUGUUGUAGAGCGAUCGGGCGAUGCCACGCAGCGGGAACUGCAUCAGUCCUGCGCCGAACACUAUACCGGCCAGCUGUUACUCCACGCGGUGGGGCUGAUUUUUAAACGGGAGCUGCUCGGAAACAAGAAUAAGUGGAAAAGCACGCUGCGUUCGGCACUGCCGCUUUUACUCCUUGGCUACCAGUUGCAACCACUUGAAGAGUCGCACCACUGGAUGAAGCAUUGCGAUGCGGAGCAGAAGCAGCUUUUGAAGCUGUGGCGGCAGCAGGGCUCCUUCCGAUGCUCGCAACUGGGACGCACUUUACUGGGAUGCCUGGAACGGACGCGAACGGACAAUGACAGCCAGAAGGAGAACAACAACUUCAAUGAUAACCAAUCCCAGCCUCUUCCCGGAUUGUUUGCAGACUCCGAGGAGCUGCUGUCCUGCGCUCACCAGCAUUGUUCGGACAAGGACUGGCGCCGGCAGCUCUACCAACAGCUCUUCACCCACGCCGAGCACAAGCUAAGGGAUCAGUCCUCGCAUCUAGUGCGCCACCCACGUCUGCACUUGCCCGUUUUCGAGUGGCCCAAUCUGGCGGAGAUCGAGACCUUUGAGCAGCAGGCACUGUUGCUGCCACCUUUGUCCUUGUCGCAACAUGUCUACCUAGCGCUGGGCACAGAACCCGACAAUCUCGGAGAGGCGCCACGCGUGCUCUUUUACGAUGCUUUCCGGCGCGAUGUGAAGCAGAGCCUAAACUACUGCGGGCACGACUCCAUCAGCCAGGUGGAUGUGGAUCUCUAUCUUUAUGCCACUGUUAUUCAGACUCGGCGGAGAUUGCAGCUGCAGCGAGAAGCGUACGACAGCUCAAACAUGGGUAAUCGCAACGCCGCCACUCGUCCGCACAUGAUGCCGUAUGCCAAUCUCCUGGGGCAACUGGCCGCCUCUGAGCAGAACAACUGGUGGGAUCUUGUGCUGCGGCUGCACAAGAACCAGUUGACUCCAGAAGGCAAUCGAGCCGAACAGCGAGCACAACUGCAAGUUGGACUGGAGGCGGUGCGCGGGGUGAAUGGACCCAAAGCGGACUCCAUCAUUGUCUUCCAGUUGGGAAAGAUCCUGCAGUCGCGCACUGACCGGGCUUCUCUGGAGGCGCGCAUCGACACCCUCUAUCGGCAAGGAUUUUCCAUGCUGCGUCGCCAACAGACACAGCAAUUGGAUCCAUUUGUGCGCGUCUUUAAGUAUGGAUCAGCUGGCUCGACAGCAGCGUGGCAGGAGCUGCAAGGGCUGGCCGAGCACGCAGUCACCUAUUUCAGCGGGAAAAUGUUCAAGGCGGGCCAGUAUGAGCAGUUCGUAGAAGAAGUGAGAGGACUGAACUUGCCCAUGGCCUCUUAUAUGCAAGCGGAGGCGUACCGUCUACUUGAGGAUUCCGUAAAGACGCCGCGUGUGUCACGCGCUCGUUUCUCAGAGCGGAGACAGGAGUGCCUGCAGCAGACGCAGCAGUUGCUCCGGAAUGACGUUGUCCACCCACUCAGCUCGAUUAUUCAGCGGGAACUGCGUCGAAGCCAGCAGAAUCGCAGUAGCAUCGAUGAAAUCUAUGCCAGUCCCGAUGCGCACAAUAAUUCCUCUACCUACGAGGAUGCAGAGGACGACUUCAUUUUAGCUAACCGAUCACGCCGCCAGUUGGAAUCUGUUCCAGUGACUCCAAUUGUUGUGGCCCAGCCGAGUCAGGAGUUGGAACAAACUGUCAAGCAGAUCAGCAAGUCGCUCUGCGUGCUUAAGGACGAUGUGAGCUCGGGAAUGGAAGCCAUGCGUCAGGAAAUCAAAAACCUCACCGAUAAGUUCACUGGGUUGGAGGAACUGCUCAAGAAGAUCAAGAUCAGCAGUCGAGACACACCGACCCAGGACGUGGAUCCUGCAACAGCUUUGGGUUUGGACGACUUCUUCAUCAUCGAGGAUACCCUUGCGGAACACCAGCAGCAGCAGCAACAACAACAACAACAGCAAGCGGCAGUACAUCAGGUGGUGCCAAAUCCAUAUGGUGGAACCAAUCCUGCCUUCUUCAAUGGAGUACCAAACACGCCCGCAGGCGCACAAGAUCGCUUUUUGCCGGGAGCCUAUGGCAGUCCCAUGUUCAACCAAAACCAGAUGUACAACUACUACGCUGCACAAGCUCAGGCCCAAUUCUUGCGAACUCCGCCAGCUCCUGGAUCGAUUCCAACCCCCAAUAUGUUUGGUCCUCGUAAUCCCAAUUUCGGAUUGCCCAGCAUGUUUCCUCCGCCGACAGGGCCUUCGGUAGCACCAUACAUCGACGCCUUGGGCAACUUCACCCAGCCGCCUCCAAGUCUGAUACCGCCUCCACCUCAGACAGCUCCGGUGCCGGCUCCUUUAAAUAUUCUGGAGCAAAAGACAGCGGCUGCACUACCCACAGCAGGAGUGGGAUCAAGUUUCUUCAAUACACCCACGCCCGGUUUCGGUACUUCACCCAUUCAGAUGCCGCAGGGCAAGCCCUUAGGUGUUCCGUCAGCUCCAGUUCCUUCUGGUGUUGCUGCUGCUCCUCCAGCUCCUGUGGCUGCCCCUGGCCCACUGGUUGGAGCUGCUCUGUCAGCUGCUGGUCCCCCUCCAAUUCAGAUACCCCAAGUGGCUUCUUCUGCGCCAGCCCCUAGUGUUCCAGCAUUGUUCAACCGGGCGCUGAACAACCAACCGGUGGAAAAGGAACCGCCUGCUAAUGUCGUCAUUACCAGCUCCGAUCCGUUGCCGAAGCCAACGAGUGCCAGUGUUCAGCCAACUCUAAGUGUGACAAUUCCGGCACAGCAUAUCAAGCCAAGUUUGGUGCCGGCUCCGGAACAACAGGCACCGCCACCGGUUGCAGCAGCGGGACCUUUCAGCUUUAAUUUCGGCACAAACUCUUCAGACAGUCCCUUCUCUUUCAAGUCCCAAGUCGCUAAAGCUGCAGCUGAUAAACAGAAGGAGCAGGAACGGGAGGCCGAGGAGCUGAACCAAAGCGGAGCUAGUGAACUAAAUAAAAGUGCGACAGUUGACCACUCAGCGGACGAUUACGAUGCUCGGCCUGAUUUCCAAGCCAUCAUUCCACUGCCCGACGAAGUUGAAGUGCGGACCGGUGAGGAGGACGAGGAGGUCAAGUUUAGCAACCGAUCUAAACUCUUUCGAUUUGUCGACAAGGAGUGGAAGGAGCGUGGCAUCGGCUUGAUAAAGAUUCUGUGCGACAAAACCACUGGCGUCUCGCGUGUUUUAAUGCGGCGCGAUCAGACGCAUAAGGUGUGCGCCAAUCAUAAAAUCUCUGCGGAUAUGAACAUAGCUACUGCCAGUCAGGACAAGGAGAAGAAAUCGUUCGUUUGGGCAGCCAAUGACUUUGCGGAUGAGCAGGUCACGCUUGAGAAAUUUUUGGUGCGCUUUAAGACCGCGGAAAUUGCCGAGGAGUUUAGGGUUGCCUUUACAAAUGCAAGCGAGGCGGCAAAGUCUGAAAAGGUGAAACCUACGGAAAAAACGACGGUGAAACCAGAGGAGGUUCCGAAGACCAGUCUACCAAAGAGCUUUGUGACUAGCACGCCGGCCCCAAGUUCGCUGUUAAGCAAGCCUCAGGAGCAGAUGAAACCCUUCAAGUCUGAUCCUACUCCGGCGGCUCCGGUGGCUGCGGUGGCCAAGUCACUUUUUGGAGGAUUAUCAUCGGUUGGUGCUGCUCCUACAACAUCUGCGCCUUCAGCUGCCGCGCCGUUUGCCAACUUUAGCUUCUCCGGAAAUGGCACCACACCAGGAUUUGGCACAGGAACCACAGCCUCUCCCUUUGGAAAUCUCUCCUUCGGAGGCGUUUCUGUUGUGGGCAGCGGCAGCAAUAACAGCACGCUCUUUACCACAGCAUUGAUCAAGGAAAACACAUUGCAAAAUCAGACGCAACAGCAAUCACAACUAAACAAAUCCGUGCCCUCGGACGCAGAGGAGGACUACGUGCCCACAGCUCAGUUCGCGCCGGUAAUCGCCCUGCCGGACCUGGUGGAAGUGGUCACCGGAGAGGAAAACGAGGAAGUCCUCUUCGAGCACCGGGCCAAGCUCAUGCGUUGGGACAAGGAGUCCAAUGAGUGGAAGGAACGCGGCCUAGGAAACAUGAAGGUCCUUCGCAAUCGCUCCGAUCCCAACCAAGUGCGGCUGCUGAUGCGGCGCGAGCAGGUUCACAAGUUGUGCUGCAAUCAGCGACUUUCUCCCGAAACCAAAUUCACGGAAUCACUGAACAUCAAGGCGGCCGUCACUUGGGCGUGUCAGGAUUACUCGGAUGAGGAAUUGGAGACUGCCUUGCUGGCCGUACGUUUUAAGACGCCCGAGAUCUGCAAAGACUUUCUUACUGUGGUGCAAAAGGCUCAACAGAGUAUGGAAAAGGAACCAAAAAAUCAGGACGACGUCCCAACUAUCGGCGAAGAAAAGGAUAAGGCGAAAGAAAAGCCAACCAAGGGCUUUGGGGAUGCCUUUAAGCCCAAGGCUGGCAGCUGGAACUGCACAGCCUGCUACACCAGCAAUGGCCAGGACCAGCUCUACUGCUUGGCCUGCCAGGAGCCUAAAGAUGCCACUGUGCCACCCAAGCAAUCAGGCUUGGACCAAAGCAAUGCCCUGAACCUUACCACCAGCUCCUCUAACAAGUUCUCUUUCGGAUAUCAGCCAGCGGCACUACCAACCACCACAUUUAGUUUCUCAGGAGUUUCACAACCCAAGGAAGAGAUCAAAGAGAAGCCCGUGGUUGCAGCUGUGACCGCCUCGGCUUCAGCUCCUGCCGCAGCUUCUUCGAUCCAAGCUGUUGGAUUCGAAAAGCCUUCCAAAACUUCUGGGUUUGGGGACGCAUUCAAGCCCAAGGUAGGCAGCUGGUCGUGCUCCGCUUGCUACGUAAACAACCCCGGAGAGUCGCUUUACUGCAGCGCCUGUGAAUCACCAAAGGAUGAUACUGUGCCAAAGAAAGAUAACUCACUUGGAACGGGACUUUCCCUACCCGCCACCACCAAGUUUACCUUUGGUUUUGGAGCACCUGCGUCCUCGGUUAGCAACAAGGAUUCGGCUACCGAUGUAGGCACCAAGAGCAGCCAGGUGUUCGGCUCCGCCACCUUCAACUUUGCUCCUCCAGUUGUACCGGGAUCUGCAGCACCGCUUGCCGCGAUUGGUUCUAGCAGCUUUACCUUCUCCAUGCCAAAACCCGCUCAACAGCAGCCAAAGAGUCCGGGGACUAACGAAGGUGAAGAUAGCGAUCACCACGAGGAGGAGGAGAACAACGCUUACUUUGCACCGGUGAUCCCAUUGCCCGAAAAGGUUGAUGUAAAAACAGGCGAGGAGGACGAGGAACUGCUUUACGUGCACAAGGCCAAGCUGUAUCGCCUUUCUGAGGGCGAAUGGAAAGAGCGUGGUUUGGGCGAUGUUAAGAUUCUACGACAUAGACAGACCAAGAAUCUGCGCGUAGUUAUGCGGCGAGAGCAGGUGUUCAAGAUCUGUCUUAAUCAUGUGCUCAACUCGAGUGUGUUGUACAAGCCGAAGAACGAAUCGGCGUGGAUGUUUGCCGUUCACGACUUCAGCGAGGGAGAGAGUGUUUUGGAUCGGUUUACUCUUCGCUUCAAGAACCAGGAAGUAGCCCAACAGUUUAUGAAUGCUGUCAAAAGUGCAGUGGAUGGCACGGCUACAGCUAUAGAAGAUGGCACGGACUCUUCGGCCACAUCCACUAUUACUGGUACCACAUCGGCGGUAGCCGAGACGAAGAGUUCGUCAGAUAAUCUUCUCCAGGACCAUGUAGACGGGGCCAACUGCAGAGGCUGCGAUCCGGACCAGUUCGAUUUUGGCAAAACAUCAUCUUCAAGCCCCUCCGCGAAUGAUGUUAACCCACCUCUACCAAUGACUCUCCCCAUCCUGACUCUUCCGCAGCCCACUGUCAUCCCUCCAACUUCUGUUGCUCCAAUCAAUUUCCAAACCUCUGGCACUUCGAUAUUCAAAGCCAGUUCGCUGGGUACAGCCAAUAACUCCAUAACCAGCUUAGGUAAUUUCUCCGUGUCGGACGGAAGCAAACCACCCAGCUCGGCAUUCCUAUUCGGUGGCACGGAUAAGUCACAGUCCGGACAAACUGCUUCACCAUUGGCUAAUUUGCAGAAAUCAAUCUCCAGCGGAAACCAAGGCAACGUUCUGGGGUCUAUUUUUGGUAGCGGCUUGUCAAACCAAAAUCAGAAUGAUGAUUCAGCCAAGUCAAUUUUCGGUGGCGCCAAAGUCGAGUCCCAGCCAGCAGCAGCAGAGGCACCCAAAUCCAUAUUUGGUGGAUUCAGCGGAUCCGGGCUGGGAAGCGCAAAUCCUUUCGGAGCCUCCAAUGUUGAGUUGCAGUCAUCAGAUAGCAAAGACGCACCGAAGUCCAUCUUUGGUGGAACGCCAACUAUUUUCGCUGGUUCCAACGCUUUAAGAAGUCUCAAAGUCGAGCCUCAGGCACCAGCAAGUCAGGAUGCAACAAAAUCCGUUUUCGGUGGUACCUCCAACGUUUUCGGAGGAGCAUCAACCGGAAGCUUUGUGUUCGGCAGUGGUGCGGCUACUGGUGCGCCACUUUUUGGACAAAAGGAAUCGGCCAUCUCAUUCGUUGAUAUAGCCAAGCAGGCAGCCCCAGGAAAGGAAGCAGACGCAAACAAAACCACAAGUUCCGUAGAAGAAACCAAGGACAAGAAGGAAACAGAACCAGCUCAACCGGUGGCGAACACGUUUACCAAUUUUGUCGGUAGCACUUUUGCUGAUUUAGUGGGCAAUACAAGCAAUAGUAGCCCGGGAUUUAACAAGUCCAGCGGUAGCGGCGGCGGCUUUUACAAUCUGACGCACCAAAACGCCUUCAAGAACUUCCAGUCUUCGCCACAGACCGGCAAAAACGAAUCUGGUGCGGGAGAAGGUGGCGAUGAUGAUGAAGACGGCGCGAACGAUGACGCCUACGAUCCACAUUACGAUCCCAUUGUGGAGCUGCCGGAUGAGGUUGUGGUAACUACGGGAGAGGAAAACGAGACUAAGCUAUAUGGCGAGCGGGCGAAGCUAUAUCGAUACGACCCGGACACCAAACAGUGGAAAGAGAGAGGCGUGGGCGAGAUAAAGGUGCUGGAGCACCCGGAGCUGCAGACAUUCCGAUUGGUCAUGCGGCAGGAGCAGAUCCACAAGCUGGUGCUUAACAUGAAAAUCUCCGGCUCCCUGCAGAUGGACUACAUGAACGAACAGAAGAAGAGCUUUUUGUGGGCCGGGUACAACUACGCCGUCGACGCGGAAGGCAAGGUGGCUACUGAGGGCGUGCUGGAACGUCUGGCCUGUCGGUUUGGCAAGGAGGAAACAGCCCAAAAGUUCCUUGAGAAGGUCAACUCCUGCAUAGAACGCGCAAAAGCCUUGGAGAGCGAUCAUGAGGACGAGGAGAACGACGACACGACGGAGAAGCAGGACAGCUCAUAAGGAAACUGGAACUUAAUUUAUGUAGCAUGCUUACAACUGAGUUUAUAAGAUAGUCUGUCAAAAAAGUAUCGAAAAUUGUUGAAAAUUCACAGUUUUCAUAAUAAUAAAACUUUGAUAAAGA